UUAGCCCAUUUCGUUGCAGAACAGUAGGACGUUAUACCUCAUUUCAUUUCAUUUUAAUCGGACUUCACGCAAGGGAAACAGUCUAUUGGAAUAGAUCACGGUUUCGAUAGGAAAUAUUGUUGUGUAGUGUUGGAAACAAGAAUGAAUCGCUUUUGGAAGGAGAAUAUUGAAGAUUUGCUCAGUCCCAAUUUGUGGCGUUCUCUGGCUGCAGAGACGUUUGGGACCCUGGUCAUCGUCUUGUUGGGAUGUGGAACCUACACUGGUGCUGUCCCGUCUGUUAUCCAAGUGUCCCUGACCUUCGGUUUAACCGUGGCAACCGUCGUAUGGGUGUUUAGACACAUCAGCGGUGGACACAUGAACCCGGCCGUCACCCUGGCGAAACUGGUCACAAGACGAGUCAGCAUCGUUCGAGGUGUCCUCUACAUCAUUGCCCAAUGUCUGGGUGGCGUUCUUGGUGCUGGAAUCCUGUUCGGUCUGACCCCGGACACCCAGCGACUGGAUCUUGGUGCUACAGCCAUGUUGAGAAGGGGUGUGACGUCACCUCAAGGUUUUGGAGUUGAGCUGUUGGUAACGUUUGUCGUAGUGUUGGCUGUUUUUGCUUCUGAUGAUACCAAAAGAAGAGAUUUACGUGGUUCCGCACCUCUGACUAUCGGUCUGGCUGUCGUCGUUUGUCAUCUUUUUGCUUUUCCCUACACACGAUGUGGUCUGAAUCCUGCUAGAAGUUUCGGUCCUUCUCUCGUUAUGGGAAUCUGGCAAAAUCAUUGGGUUUUCUGGAUCGGGCCAUUAAUUGGUGGGGUUGUGGCUGGUGUUUUGUACGAGUUCGUUUUCUCUGCUGGAGCCACCGUCGCGCAGGCUAAAAAAUGCCUGUUAAGAAGCAAACCUCACCCCCCACAGGAAGCUGAUCAAGAACUUGAUGAGGUCAAAGUUGAAAUAAACGGUGAAAAGGUUGCAGAGGUCGAGGAAACGCCUGAAAUUGUCGAGGCGAAAAUUCCCGAAACAAAAAUAAACGAAGAAGAAAAAGAAAAACCGAAGGAAUAAAUUAGAAUGUUUAUAAUAAAACUGUAGGACAAUUAAUUAAUACUUAGAUAAAAUAUAUAAAAUUUGUCAUUUACGGUUAAAAAUCCUUAAAACUAUAGAAUUUUCAAUGUUUACAGUUAAUCGAUUUUUGGGUAAAGUUAAUAAUCAGCGAUCUUAAUUAUCAUGGUAUUUUAUGAACAAUAAUUUUAUGGGACCUGCGUUUGGUAUCUUUUUUUUUUUAUCUUUUUGUAAAUAUAUUGUUAUUAAUGUAUUCCUAAGUGUUGAUUUUUAAAUAUGCGUACAUCUAGUCAGUCGUCAUGGUAACGUUUAUUAGUUGUCAUGGUUACGUUAGUUAAUCACCAUGGUUCUAUUACUCACCGAUACUCAUCUUGCGUUUAUUUCAUACGUCAUGAUUACAUCUUUCUUGUUUCUAUGGCAGCGUACACAUUGUACAACAUAGCAUGUUCACCAUCUUUCCAAAACAAAACAAAAAUAAAAUUCAUUAAAAGUCUACGCAAUGAAUGUGAUGUGCCUUGCAAUCGAUUGUUCAAAAUGGAUUUAUUGUAAGAUCUUUAACUUUGGGUCAAAGCUUUGUGGCAAGAAAAAAAUUAUGGCCACGGGUAAAAAAGAAUCGACAUACAGGAAAAAGUUAUCGCCAAACAUUGAAUAUUUUAUCGCCAAAAUUAUAUUUUCAUCCCAGUUCGCGGAAAUGGCGAUCGGCAGCAUGAGCGUUGUGCAUGCAAAGGACAAAAACGUUUUGAUACAAUAUUUUAAUCAUUCAUUUAGUAAUUGUUGGGGCUUUUUUCAAUAGAAUCUGUGUUUUAAUCAGAUUGGAGUUUUUUUAUUUACAAUACAAUACAUAUUUUGUUUUAACAAUUCGUUUUGUUACGAUAUUUUUUUUCGCAUUAUGAAAUGCUCGAUGACACAAAAUGCUCAUUAAUUAUUAUGUAGUUGACUUUUAUUUUUUGCCUUGUUCAAUAUUAAAAAAAUAUAUAAUUUUACUUAUAUAUAACAUUAAAAUGUAUUUACCUCAAAUCGUUUUGCACGUGACUGUGUAUGAGCGGCGACCGGGAAUCACGUGCCAACUCUAUAUAUACUUACAUACAUAUAUAUAUUUAGUUUUAUUAAUGCAUAGUGUUACGUCACAAAUUAGUGUUUAAAUGGUUUCAAUGUAAACGUAUGAAAUUCUCAUUAGGUACAAGAGAAGUGGUAUUGCGUGUUCUAAAAGAUAUGUAUUUAUAUCCUGCCUCGUGUACAACAGCUGUCAUUAGGUACAAGAGAAGUGGUAUCAGAUGUUCUAAAGGACAUGUAUAUCCUGCCUCAUGUACAACACCUGUCAUUAGGUACAACACAAACGCACGGAAGAAAUGUGUUUAAUGAUACGUGGUACCAGGUGGUCUAAAAGAUAUGUAUAUCCUGCCUCAUGUACGACACCCAUCGGCCUUUUCGUUGCUUGUGCAUUGUAUGUCGUUAAGAAUGAUCGGAUGAGUAUUUCCGAAAACAUCCACGUUGGUUUAAAAAAAAUGUCUACAAGCAUGCAUGCAUGAUAUCAAAUGUUUACAUUGAACUAGCAAGCAUGAUAUACAAUGUUUACAAUGGUUAUUUAUCACUAAUGUAUGUAAUACACGUGCUGUAUUGUGUAUUUGUAAUAAUCACUAUUAUUAGUGCCUGUUUGUAUUGUUUUAGUUAAAUACACACUUCAUAUACUCAAUGUAUGACGUCAGUCUGUAUAUAAUAAUAUACAUUUUAAUAAUAAAAAAACAUCAUAAAACGGUAAAAAA